GGAGGAACAGCUCGCCGCUCCGGAACUCUCCGCCCGCGGGCUGGAGGCACUCUCCUCCAUCUCCCAAUUCACCCAGCUCUCCCAUCAUAUAUUCAACGACGCCUACCACCCUCUGACCAACCCCGAUGGCUGGCUCUCCCUCGGCCUGGCAGAGAAUACGCUCAUGCACGAAGAGCAGGUCGAGUACUACAACUCCCACCUGCGGCUUACGGAUGUGGAUUUCACGUAUGGGACGGACCUAUCAGGCUCUGUGAGGCUCGGGAAAGCCCUAGCAGCUUUCCUCAGCCGGCCGGAGGGGGUUUUCCGCCCCUUAGUACCGAUCGAACCAGAACAAAUCGUCUUCGGUGCCGGGCUAUCAGCGCUGAUCGACAUGCUCACCUUCCACCUCUGCGACCCAGGUACCGGGGUGCUCAUCGCCGCUCCCUACUAUGCGGGGUUCAACAGCGACCUCUCAGCGCGCUGCGGUGUUCUCCCCGUGCCGGUGUUCGUCGACCCCGAAGACCGGUUCGGGCCAUCUACGCUGGACGCGUUCGAGGUCGCUCUAAAGAAAUGCGAGCAGAAAGGAACGAAGAUCAGCGCUGUGAUCCUUUGCAACCCCCACAACCCACUAGGCUCGUGCCACCCCCGGGCGACGAUCCUCGCCUACGCCCGCUUUUGCCAGAAACACAACAUCCACCUGAUAAGCGACGAAGUCUACGCUUAUUCGGUAUUCUCGACGUCUGACAACCCCAACCCGGAACCGUUCGUGAGCGUAUUCUCGAUCGAUUUCCUCAAGGAGGCGCAAUGUGACCCUGCGAGAGUACACAUCCUGUACGGGAUGAGCAAGGAUUUCUGCUGCAACGGCCUGCGCGCUGCUGCCCUCAUAUCACAGUACAACCCGUCCCUGCUCGCAGCGGUCAAGAGCACGGGGCUGUUCAUGAAGGUCGCUUCCCCCUCCGCGGUCGCGUGGUCCUGUAUUCUAGAAGACGAAGCCUAUUUCUCAAAGUUCCAAAAGGAGAACGUCAGGCGCCUGCAGGAAGCGUACCAUUACACGACCUCCUGGCUGAAGUUUCACGACAUCCCGUAUAUCCCCUCGAACGCGGGCCACUUUCUCCUCGCGGAUUUCCGCAAAUUCUUCACGAACAAGGAUUUGGAGGGGAACAAGUUGCCCCAGAUCGAGCAGGACGGGGGGAGAGCGAGGGAUAUAGCAUUGUUUGAGCAGCUGCUGGCGAAUAAGGUCUUCCUUGGGAGUUCGACCGCGUUCUCUUUCCCUAUCCCUGGGUGGUUCAGGAUUACCUUCGCGACGAGGAAGGAUUAUUUAGUUGUCGGGCUUGCAAGGAUCGAACGCGCGAUUGGGGUUGAGAGAUGGCCAGGGAUGGAGGACUUUGACAUGCAUGGGAACGUUAUCGGAGAGCCAAUCUGGACACCUAACUCAGAGAAGCUUACGGAACUUGCGAACGCUAUAGAGAGGACAACGCUGUAG